AAAAUCCCUGCCUGUUUGACGCGACUGCGCAUGCUCAGCCAUAUACCCUGGUAACCUCCAACAUGGCGGCGAGAGGCCAUGUGCAAGACCCUAACGACAGGAGACUCAGACCCAUUUACGACUACCUGGACAAUGGCAACAAUAAGAUGGCGAUCCAGCAGGCUGACAAACUGCUGAAGAAACACAAGGACCUGCAUUGUGCCAAGGUGUUGAAGGCCAUCGGUCUGCAGCGAACAGGGAAGCAGGAUGAGGCGUUUAGCCUGGCCCAGGAGGUGGCCACCCUGGAACCUACCGACGACAACUCACUACAGGCUCUCACUAUACUGUACCGAGAGAUGCACCACCCUGAGUUGGUGACUAAGCUGUAUGAAGCUGCGGUGAAGAAGGUUCCCCUCAGCGAGGAGUAUCACUCUCACUUGUUCAUGGCCUACGCCCGCGUUGGGGAGUACAAGAAGAUGCAGCAGGCAGGGAUGGCUUUGUAUAAGAUCGUUCCUAAGAACCCCUACUACUUCUGGUCUGUCAUGAGUCUUGUCAUGCAGGCCAUCUCUGCGCAGGAUGAGAAGCUGGCCCAGACCAUGUUCCUGCCCCUGGCUGAGCGCAUGGUGGAGAAGAUGGUGAAGGAGGAGAAGAUCGAGGCUGAGGCUGAGGUGCAGCUGUACUUUAUGAUCCUGGAGCGACUGGGGAAGUGUGUGGAGGCUCUUGACGUGGUCCGCGGUCCACUGGGAGAGAAGUUGACCAGUGAGUUGCGGAGCAGAGAGAAUAAGUGUAUGAUGAUGUACCAACGACUGCAGCUCUGGCCUGAAUGCAACGCUCUGUCCUACAAGCUGCUGCUCAAAAAUCCUGAUGAUUGGCAGUUCUAUCUCUCCUAUUUUGACUCUCUCUUCCACCUGAUGGACAUGUCCUGGAGCCAGCCUGAGGAAGGAGAGCACUGUGUGGAGGGCCCAGUGCAGACUACGGUGGCAGAGGCAGUGAAGUUUGUGGUGGACAGGAUGGAGGAGCAAGACAAGAAGGAGUCACGUCCUCUCAGAGGGCCCUACCUGGCCUGCCUGGAACUCAUACACAGACUGAGACAGAGGGGCUGCCCAGAUGAGAAAGAGCUAGGUGACCCGUUGGAGUUGAUGGUUCAGUUUUUUGGGAAGUUUGGAGACAAACCCUGCUGCAUUACUGACCUGAAGAUAUACCUACACCUUCUGCCCCCUGAGCAACGCUCACAGUUUAAAAAGCGUCUGGGGGAGUUGGUUCCGUUGGGGGAGGCGGGUGAGGAUGGCUUUGGGUUUCCGGGGGAUACGAAGGCGUUGCAGAGACACCUGUGUGUGUGUCAGCUGAGCCGGGCGCUGGGACUGCAACAUGCUCUGGACACAGAGGGCAAACUACUACUCAUCACAGAACUCAAAGCCCACUACCACCACGGACUACAAUUUGGGAAGUCGUGUCUGAAGACAGAGCUCCAGUUCUCUGACAUGUACUGUCUCAUGGCCGCCCACGUCUACGUCGACCUCUGGACAGAAACUGGUGAUGAGAACAUGCUUUGGCAGUGUCUCGGCGUGUUAGAGGAGGGCUUGUCCUUCAGUCCCUCCAAUGCCCAGUUCAAACUACUGCUGCUGCUGCUCUUCUGUCGCCUGGGAGCCUUCCAGCCCGUAGUGGACCUCUACUCCAGCCUGGAUGCCAAGCAUGUGCAGCAUGACACCAUAGGGUAUCUGUUAACUCGUUAUGCUGGCUCGUUGGGGCAGUUUGCUGCAGCCUCCCAGUCCUGUAACUUCUCCCUCAGGUUUUUCCACUCCAACCAGAAAGAUACCUCCGAGUACAUCAUCCAGGCCUAUAAGUAUGGAGCGUUUGAGAAGAUCCCAGAAUUCAUAGCGUUUAGAACCCGGCUCAACCAAUCGUUGCACUUCGCUCAGGUCCGCACAGAGAGGAUGUUACUGGACCUGUACACCGAGGCUGACGUCACAUUGAGUCUGGAGGAGAGUGUGAAGGCGAUGGGUGUGUGUCCUGAGGAAGAUGAUAUUCCCUGGGACAACAUGAGAGACAACAGAGACCUGACUGUCCUCGUAAGCUGGGACCCCAAGGACAGGGAGCUGACUGAGGAGCAUCGUCGUCUGUCUCUAGAAGAGGAGUCCGUCUGGUUGAAGGUUCGCUCUCUCACACUCCGCCUCCUCGCCUCAUUGGCUCUGCUUGGACACGCCCCCUCGCCACGGAACUCUGAUAAGACCAAUGAGAAUGGUAUAUCGGCCAAAAGCUCCACCCUCCAGACCCUACUCUCCCAGCUAGAUCAGACGCUUGAGACCGCUGCCCAGAUCACAGAGAAACAGACACAGUACCCGUUCCUGGGGCCUCCCUCCUCCCGCCUGGCCUCUGCUCUGUCUAGUGGCAGCUGUCACUGUCAGGCCUCUGCUCUGCAACUAUCACUGACUCUACGAGAACUAGAGACCACUGGACUGGACGACUCGACGGAACUCCAAACCCAGAUCUGUAACGCCUUCAAAUCGUCAGUAGCACAGCUCCAAGAGAUGUUAUCCAGAUGUAAAGGAGAAGUGUUGGAGAUGAAAGACGGCAGAUUGACAACCCGACCCUCCCUAUUAGAAACGCUGGUCUUCUUCGUGGAGACGGUGUGUGUGGUGCUGUGGGUGGCCAGUUACUCUGCCAGCGUACUGCGACCGCUCAAGUCCAGCCUACAGAAGAAGAAGAAGAAGAAGAAGGACAGCAGCAGUGCCAUGCCAGUGGUGCUGUGUGGCUUCCAGGAGUGGACAGGCAGCCUGCAGGGUGUUGUGACCCAGGCUCUGGAUCACGUGAAGGGGCAGGAGGCCAGCCUGACGGCCCUCAAACUAGCAGCACUCACCCUGGAGGAGGGAUAUUCACAGACACAGGAGGAGUGUGGGUUUACGAGGGCAGCCAUGGACAAGGUUCAGAGUAGUUACCUUGGCUCGCUGCAGGAGUUGGGAGAUCUACUGAGGAAGAGAGCCGAUUCGCUGAAGAGCCUCAAGAUCUGACCCGCAUCAACCAUCCCUCUUCAAUCAACAUCUUCAUACCCAACUAUCACCAUUAUACUGUCACCAUUUAUCGUCUAAGUCCACCCACAUCCAAAGCCUUCUCCCCUUGCUCGUCUCAAAGGAGGGCUGCCUGCCACCAACACGCCCUCUCUUUCACUUCAUCCCCUUCCCCACAUAUCCCCUGGUCUGGGUGUCUUUAUUAUCACACAGGAUUCUCCUCUCCCUCCCGCCAUUUCUCACCCUGAAAACCAUCACUGCUCUCGCUCAGCACAGAACCACAGUUUGUGAUACCAUCACAGAGAAGCUCCUCAAAGAUACUACAGCAACAGAUAGACAAACAAAAUAAGCAAUUUUAGAACUACUCCAAUAAUUGAUUGUACAUAGUCUGCAGACAGAACAUCAACUCCUUGACUGAACGUGAAUGAAAUAUAAGCUACCCCCUUAGUUUUUUUUCUUUCUCCAGUCUGUUUCCACGGUGAAGCCCAGUUAGAUUAGAACAUUUUUUCCAUGUUGGACUCCUCACUCCCCAAGCCUGAUCUGGGUGCCCAAACAUGGACACUGUUGUCAAUCACACUCUUCUGCUCAUAAGAACAAAUGGGGUGGAGAUGGUGCUUAGCUUACUGUAUGAAAACAAAGGACAGCUGAACAAAGACGGUUGUUAACUAAUUGUACACGCAAGGAAAGCUGAACGCUGGGGCCAACUCGGAAAAGCCUAAACUGUUUCUUGCGGGAGUACACAACUCCAGUGAUUUCAGGCCUGGCCUUUUAGCCAGUAACCUGAGAAGCCAGCUGUGUGCGCUCUUCUACGGGCAACCAGUGACUGAAUGGGUCAGUAAAGAGCUGGGGAGAACUGAAGACAGCCCUAGAGGACCGGAGGUGUGUACCUUUGGGUGUGGUGCACUCUUGGUUAAUUAAUCUCCCUGCUCCCCACCAAUCAAUGCCUGUCUGAUUUCAGUCUUCAUCCCAAACUCCUUUUUAACUUGGUCCUUGUGUUUGCUUUAUUUUUUCCACUGGUCUUUUUUAUUUCAGUUUUUAAUUUGGUUUGAAAGCCAAAUAAAAAAAGCAAUCACGGGACAAGAUUAUAGUGAAUCGGAAAAUACAUACAGUACCUAAAAUGUAUUUGCUAACGCUUAUUUUUUAAUUCUGUGUCGGUGCGUGUAGCUCGCUUGGUUUAGCUAACACCUACAACAGAGUGGAUGGUUCGUUUUAACACCGUAGGAGAGAAACCUGACAGUCAUUUCUCCGAAUAAACGGGUAGAACUGUAUGAAACGGUUCUGACAACGGCUAAAACCCAAAGUUAAGAUAUCUAAAUGCAAAGGAGACAAGAUAACCAACCUGUCAGAUUGCAAUGAAAUGGGAAAUGUGUUGAAUGUCCUUUGUUGUAGAAAAUAUCUUGUCAACGGUUAUGAGCUGCGCUGAAUCGCCACAUAAUUAAUUUCACCAACCAAAACGGUCACUGUGUAUGUAACUAUAUUCCAAAAAUGUGUCUCUGUUGCUAUGGCAUUUUAACUGACAGCUAGACCUACACCAAGCAGGGAGAGGAGACUUGUAUCAGACAGACAUCACGGGUAUGUUCGGUAGCACUGUGGAACGUUCAGAUAAAAUGCGCUGUGUAGAGCAGAUGCGUCUAACAUGUAAAGUGAGGAAUCAUGUCCUCUAGUCAUGACGUUUAUCUGCAACGUUCAUUAGUACGACCCCGAACGAGGCAGACGAAACUAGCAAAUGUUUUGUGCCACGACCACCAGGGGGCACUGAAAGACUAUCCAAUGCAGGCAGCAGACUGACUAAUAUUGAAGUAUAUGCUUUGGCUUAGUUUGAUUUGUAGGUUUAGCUUUUCCUUCUUUAAAACAAGACAUGGAUGGAAGGGGAGCAACAGUUUCAUCCUCCUACAAAACACACCCCUCUAAAGAUGACCUUCGGACGACACAUGCCCAAAUCCCCGGAUGGAUGGACCCUCUCUAGAGGCUGUUAGUGGACUGAGUAGAAUUUGUUGAUGUGCAGAGAAGUGGUUGACAAUCUGGAAUGUCAUCUCACCUGAUACCUACCCAGUCUUUCUUUUGGUAGAAAAUGGAAAACAAAAAACACUGGAAUGUCAAAAGGAUUUUUUUUUUUUUAAAUGAAUAAAUCUGUUUUGUUUCA